AUGAGCCCGACUAUGACAAUGCGGCCCGUGCAUCCUGCCGCCUUCGAGAGGAUGCCAGACUUAUACUCAAUCCCCGAAGACGCCAACGCCGCCAUCGACAACAACAGACAGCCACGAUCUCUUACCCGACCUUCGACCGCAGGGGCAGCGGAUGCCUCCCCAUAUCCUAUGUAUCCUGGACUACAAACACCAAACAUGGACCGCACAAGAUCAAUGGAAGCAACCCCGACGUUGAACCGACCUCGAAAGCUCUCUGGAACGGCAGACCACUCACUUCCAGGCGUUCGAUCACAGGGGCCCGUGGGCUUGAGGACAAGAAGUCCGUCAUGGGGAGGCGGACUCAGCUACGAUCAAGUCGAUCCACUAAGCUGGAGGUCAAACACUUUGCAAUCCCAGACACACAUGUCUCUUAGAAAGCAAAAAAGCAGAGCUGGGCUGGGUAACUUGUUUAACUCGUUGCCUGGAGAGGUUUUAGAUGUCAUUCUCGAAAAGCUACAGGAACUUCACCUUAACAAGGAGAGUGAAAGCUGCGCUACAUGCUGGAUGAGAGAUGUUUGCAACAUUGCGGUUUGCUCACAAAAGUGGUCGAAAGCUGCACGGCUGGCACUAUAUCAAGACAUUCAAUUAGUCGGACCGGAUUCCGUUGCUCAUAAGAAGAGAUUCAAGAUAUCACAAGGUAGUCGUAUGUUGCUGUUGCGCCGCACUCUGAGAGCAAACUCAGAACUUGCAUCGAUAGUUCGCACACUCAAGGUUCCAGCGCCUGAAGCCCUGGUCGGUCUAUCCAAUGCCAAGUGCUCGGCCGUCGUUGAGCAAUAUGAGAACAAUGUUGCGGCACUGAUUAUGGCAUGCCCUAAUCUAGAGAGGCUGUCGGGACCCAUGUUUGCAUACGACCAUUCUUUCAAGAGAAUGUUUCAUGCUCUAUCCACGAGAACAAACUUGAGAGAUAUGAACUGGCUUAUUGAAUCGACUGGUUUAACAAUACACCAGGCGAACACAACUUCGGCGUCGAAGAACUGCACUCCGGUGACCAACAGCGAACUCCAAGCCCAUCAGGAGAUUGCCUUCCUAGAGCAACAUCGAUGCUGGACAAAAUUAACCAGUCUAUCCGUGCAGUGUUUGCCGAAUGCGACGCUCGCACCCGAGACGUUGCUUGCUAGAACUCUUACAGUUCUCCCCUCCCUUCAACACUUACACCUUUGCAACUUGCCACCGAAUGCGUUCAACGACUCCAAUCUCUUAUCCCUUCCCUCUCUGACAAGUCUGACUCUCUCCAAUAUCCGCGGUAUUUCGUCAAAAGGGCUUUCAUCCUUUGCCACGCGCCCAAACAGCCAAUCUCUUCGACGGCUUGUUCUACGUCACACACCACUGACCUCCUUGCCCACCCUGGCUCGUAUCUUCUCCAACUUGCCGUCUCUAUCGAAUUUUUCACUAGUACAAUCGUUCCCUCCAUUGAUGCCAGAGUCGGAUUCGUUUAUUCUUUGGAUGAUGCCCUAUUUGGCGUCAACUACUUUGAAGAAGCUGCAUUGGGAUAUUACUAGCCACCCCGAUAGUGUUAAUGCAGCCGAUGAUAUCCUCGCAAGAAGCAUUGAAGCUGGCGGAUUUCCAUUGUUAAAAACACUACGAACACCAAACGACCCGGAUGGUGUAUUUCAACAACUAUGUCGGCCCGUGGAGAGAAUUGACCUUGCGACUGAUCGAUUCCGAAGCAUGUCUGUUUCUGAAUUCGGAAGCGUGCCCAGCUCGCCAACAAAACACCUCGCAAAAUCGCCCACGACGAGCUCCUUGCCUUCCAUCAUGCCCGCCAGCCCCUACACCAACCUGGUCAUCGCACGCUUGGCAGCGCAGGCACGACUGGAUCGGUCAAGAGACUCUCACGUUUUUCAAGUGAAUGUCACUGACGAAGGGGGUGAUCUUGUGGAAACUUUUGGACUGGCAGGCUAUAUUGGCACGGUGGGCAGCGAAAUCGACUACUACCUCUUCCCCGAUGAGGGAUCAACAGACGAAAAAGGCGGUCUUGUUGAUUUGCCAGAUCUAUGUGCAGAUUCCGGCGAAUCUAUUAUUGCCGGUAGCAAAGGGUGCAGCGGAAGCUGGAACUGGAGAGAAGGCGUCCUCGCUGAUAAGAGAGAAAAGGAGACAUGGUGGCACACCGAAAGAGGACGGUGGCAGAGAGUCGGGCUUUGA